GUGACCCAUGUUUAUUCGGUAAUGAUACGCAAUGCACCAACUAACGUUACAGUGUUAGAAGGAAGUGACGCUAAAUUUUUCUGCAACGUCAUUGAACAGCGGUCGACUGACUUUGUGUUUUGGAAAAAGGUCUCCUUAUCGGGUUUUGUUGAUGUUCUAACGUAUAAUGGUAAAAGUGUUAAUGAUACAAAAUACUCGGUACAAGGCACAUAUUCUCUGACCGUUCAUAAUGUCGUUCUUGAAGACGAGGCUUGGUACGAAUGCCAGGCUGGGAUAGACAGGGCCAGGGCGAUGUUAACUGUUAACGUAAAAAUGGCAAACAUGACAUUGACCUGGGGUAUCGAUCCACCAUUCACGGAGGAGAGACUUGUGAAUCUAACAUGUCACGUGAUGCACAGCAGACCCCCAGCAGACGUCACGUGGUAUCAUGGACAGACAGAACUCACAUCAUUGUCAUCUACUUGCCAGAAGUCAUCUAGUGAAGACGGUUUUGGUGAUACUAUAAGUACAUUGACAGUGGUAAUAGACCCGGAUAAUGUUGACAAUGCACCAUACAGAUGUGAAGCUUCUCUUCCGAAUUCCGACGUCAAAAGAACCGAAGUGGCCUUUGUUGCAAAGGUUGCAAGGUCUACAUCUGGUUGCAACCGUUUGACAAGUCUUAACGUCUACAGAAUGUUUGCUCUCUGUACGAUAGCAGUUUACAUUGUAUUACGUUGAAAACAAUUGUAUGGCGUCGCACAUGUGUCUGUUACUUAUAUAAACAGCAUUCUAUCACAUCUUUUUGUAUCAUUACAUUGGUAAUUAUAUGCAAUAACUCAU